ACUUUAAAUAAUCAUAAAUACAAAAAAACUUUAAAUUAAUUGUUGUGUACGUGAAGAGAACAACAAAUUAAAAAUGCUGCCUGCAACAAUAUUCCGUCAGGUUCAACGGAACCGAAGUGGCAUAUGCAAAGGAUUAACGGAGUUUGUCAUUGGUACCAGUUCUUCACCAACAGCCAGCGGUAUAAACUGCCUUAAUCGAUAUGUACCUGCAACGGGUUUCUUGGGCAUUUCCUUUUUAGACAUAAGUCAAUAUCAAAGUUGGAAUGUUGCAACAUUACGUCUGUAUGCCGAUGCCAAGAAGCAUUCAAUACAUAUGCGUACACUGCAAGGAAAAGAACUGCUGCAUGAUGUGAUUGAAAAGAAACGGGAAAGCUUCAUCGAGCGUAAAAAUUUUAUUGUCGAGGACAUACGGGUAGCGCGUACCAAAGUUCAAGAACGUGUACGUGAAAAAAUGGAAGAAGUCAUAGAACGUGAGAAUAUAUUGACAAUACCAAACAUGUUAACGAUGGGGCGAGCUUUUCUAUCACCAUAUAUUGGUUAUGUCAUUGUACAAGGUGACUUUAGCUUAGCAAUGAGUUUACUUGCCGUAGCAGGAAUAACUGAUUUACUUGAUGGACAAAUAGCGCGGCGUUGGCCAAAACAGUCCAGUAAGGCUGGCUCAUUUUUGGAUCCUAUGGCUGAUAAAUUAUUGAUAGGCUCAUUGGUUAUAUCGAUGGGAUAUUGCGAUCUGAUCCCCAUUUGGCUUGCAGGUACCAUCCUAUUUCGUGAUGUUUUCCUGUUAGCUGCUGGAUUUGUAAUACGCUACAUAAGCCUGCCACCUCCAAAAACCCUUUCUAGGUACUUUGAUGCAACACAUGUAACAGCUCAACUAGAGCCAACGUUUAUCAGUAAAGUGAACACUGUUGUUCAGUUGGGAACUAUUGGCAUAAGUUUGGGUGCACCGAUAUGGAACUAUAUAGAUCAUGUAGCAGUGCAUAGUCUUUGGUACUUGACAGGUGCGACAACGGUUGCUGCCGCUUUGAGCUACAUUUUAAAUAAAAACACAUUUAGAAUUAUAAAAAGACCAACAAAGAAUACAUAAAAUUCUUAGUCUUUUUAAAAUUAAAUAUGUUUGUGUUU